GGGGGAGGAGGAGAAGUGGGGUGCUGGAGAAUCGCUGGGCCCCGAGGCCUCUCCUCCCGCGCCACAGCUUCUUCGUCGCUCCUUCCCCAUGGAGACGCCCCUUCCCCUUGUAAAUCUUCCUCUGGAGCCUCCCCCAGAACCUGGAGUUCUGCGAAGAGCCCGAGCUCGGAGGCGGGAGACUUGCUUCUGAGUCCCUGGGGAUUCGAGCCAGGCCCCUAAACUCUUCCGGGCCUCGCCUUCCUCAUUCACAAGAAUGAUAAGCUUCCCUUCCAGCUCCCUCUCAGUGCCUCAGUUUUCCUGCCUGAAAAAUGGGGAUUUGGUUCCUCUGACCCCUGGGCAGGCCUCUCCACCCCCGCCCGCCUCAGUUUCCUCAUCUGUAAAAUGGGGAUAGGCAGAGCUCCUCACGUGCUAGGGUGGUUGUGGGGAUCAGAGGCGAUCCUGUUCGUGAAAGCGCUUUCGAAGGCGCUAUGGAAGCGCUAGCAUUGCGCGGAAGGAGGGUGACGGGUGUCCCGUCGCGCGUGGGCCGCGCUCACGUCGUGCCGGUCUCUCCUCCCUCCCUGUUCCCCAGCAGUUGCUCUCCCAGGAUGGAUGAGGCUACCCGCAGGAAACCCCGCCUGGCAGCCUCCCUACAGAUGUCCCCGGGCCCCAUCCUGGGCCCCACCCCCUGGAGACCCUCGGAAGACUCCGCCCAGGCGUCCUCGGAGGCUCAGCCUUCCCAAGCAGAGCCCCUCAGGGGGGAGGAGAAGACGAAGACGCAGCUGGGGGCCGAGGCCGCUGGGGAUGGUAGAGGGCCACUUCCAGAUCCUCCCGCUGUGCUGAGGGAGCUGAUCCUAGGGCACAAAGACCCCUCUCCAGGCCAGGCCCUGAGCAUCCUCACUCGCUACGCAGAGGGCAUGGGCCUUACUCUGCGCUUUGUGGAGAGUGAGGUCCAGGUCCCCUUCCGACACUUCUCUGUCUGUGCUGUGCUGGGUGAGGUGUCCUGUCCUGAGGGUACCGGGAGCAGCAAGAAGGAAGCAAAGGGGCAGGCAGCCAUCCUUGCUCUCAACUGGGUCAGGGCCCAGCUGGAUAACCCAGCCCCCUUUGAAGAUCCUAACAACUUCCCGCUCUGUUCUUUAACUGCAGAGAACAUUCUGACCCAUGAGCAGCGUUGUGCGGCCGUGGUGAGCUCUGGGUUUGACCAGCUGAUAGGUGAGAACUCCCCUUAUCGGGGCUGCAAAAGGAAUAUAGCAGCUGUCAUCCUUGAAAGGGAGGUCCCAGAUGACAGGGGCAGCUGUAGGGAGACCUAUGAGCUGGUUGCUCUGGGUACCGGUUCAGGCGGCUAUAGGGGCUGGAUUGAGUUCAUGGGCCGAAGACUCCACGACACUCACAGCUUGGUCAUUGCACGCCGUGCCUUGGUCAGGUUCCUGUUCCGGCAGCUUCUGCUGGUGGCUAGUGGGGGCCCGGAGGGGGCAGAACGAUCAGUGCUGACCCCUCGACCGGGACCUGGUCCCCCUUUUGCGCUGAAGCCCAGAAUAUUCUUACACUUGUACCUCAGCGAUACCCCUGCGGGCGCUGCACAUGACAUCUACCUCCCUUCCCUAGGGGGCUCUCUCCAUAGUCCUUCCCUUCGUCUUCAAGCCCACGCCAGGGGAGAGCUACGCCCUGUCUGUUACCUGGCCCCCAGAUUCCGGGCAGCCAGGGUCUGUUCGCUGUCGGCCAGUGACAAGUUGGCUCGAUGGGCGGUGCUGGGGCUGGGAGGGGGCCUGCUGGCCCACUUCCUGCCCCCGCUCCAUGCAACCAGCCUAGUCCUUGCUGACUCCUGCCAUGACCCCUCAACUCUGAGUCGGGUCAUCCACGACCGGCCUUGCCUAGAAGGAAGGCCAGGCCUGCCACCUCCCUAUGCCCGGAAUCCCCUACACCUGUUUCUGGGACCACCUGUGGCUCCCCAGGACUCACCACCCUCCAGCUGCCAGGGCCUCAGCCUCAACUGGAGCCUGGGAGACACCAGCCUGGAAGUGGUGGACACAAACACGGGGCGUGUGUGGUCAGAAGGCUCCCUUGGUCCUCCCUCUCGCCUCUGCAAGGCUGCUUUCCUCCGUGCUUUCCGCCAGGUGGCCCAAGCCCUAGAAAGACUUGAUCUCUUGGCACUGGACACGUACGAGGUGGCCAAGGCAGGGACAUACCGUGCUGCUCGUCAGGCGUUGACCACUUACCUGGAACAGCAGGACUUGGGCUCUUGGCCCUCCAAGCCUCUGGUGGGCGGGUUCUGUCAUUGAACACAAGCUUCUAGGGUGUGCCCUGAGUCCUUCCCACAAGGAAGUCUUGGAUGUGUGUGUUUUGGGGCAGGGGUGGUGGGGCUAUAGCAGGGAUUAAAAAGUGCCUGGGCAUUAAGGGACUGGGCUGGGCACAAUUUGGGGAAGAGGUACUGAGGUGGGGACAUUUGAGAUCCCUGGUUGGAAGCUAUGUGUGCUUUAUGAUUUGUCCUGAAUAAAUUCCUGUUCUCUGUAUGGUCUUGGUUGG